CGUUUCAGUGCAAGGACACAUCGCGAAUCUGCUGUCAUGUCUCGCUGUUGCCAUAGAAACUGCUUCCAGUGUUAAAACCGAUUUUACUCUUUAAAAUCUAUUGUUAAAAAAAACGACGUUUAUAUGAAGAUGAACUCGCUGUAGAUAAUAUACUUUUUUUUCGUGAUAUACAAACAGCUGUGUAUGAUUAUGAAUUAAAUGUAUAGAAACACAACUGAGUUCUGUUGUUAAAAUCUGACUUCAUAACGAAUCUGCUUCCGCGAAUAAGAAAUUGACAGACGAAGCUGUGCAAAACAGCGGCGAUAGCAAAAGAAGGCUAGAUAGCUAACCGAACAAAUACAUGUCUCACUCGUCCAGAAUAGCUCGUCUAAUAUUAAUUCAGAUCUAUAACGAUGCGCGGCUUAUACAAUUGUAAACGAGGUGGUUUUAAGAUCGAGUAAAUGUCUACUAGCCAGUUAAGGCGGAGCGUACUGUACACAUCUAACUUUAGUGGAAUUCCAGCUUCACAGCCAACAUCAUCGACGACGACGUAAAAAAAAUAAACAAACAAACAAACAACAAUAUUUAACAUAGCUAAAUAUCAGCAGCAUGGAUACGAAUGUGCAGAAGAGACGCGAGAACAAGAAAUCACUGCGUGUAAAAGUGAUCAGCCUUGGCAAUGCCGAGGUGGGCAAGAGCUGCAUCAUCAAGCGAUACUGUGAGAAGAGGUUUGUGCCCAAGUAUCUGGCCACCAUAGGGAUUGACUAUGGGGUCACCAAAGUCCAGGUGCGUGACAGGGAGAUCAAAGUGAACAUCUUUGACAUGGCAGGACACCCCUUCUUCUACGAGGUUCGUAAUGAGUUCUAUAAGGACAGCCAGGGAGUGGUGUUGGUGUACGACGUAGGUCUGAGGGAGAGUUUUGAUGCGCUGGACAACUGGCUGAGUGAGAUGAAACAGGAGAUGGGUUCCCAGGCUAACAUGGAGAGCAUCGUUUUUGUCGUCUGUGCCAACAAGGUGGACCUGACUAAGCGUCGUGUGGUAGACGAGGGAGAGGGUAGGCUGUGGGCGGAGUCAAGAGGGUUCCACUACUUUGAGACGUCAGCACAGAGUGGAGAGGGUAUCAGUGAGAUGUUUCAGGCGUUUUUCUCCUCCAUAACGGACAUGUGUGAGAACGGCGGGAAGCGACCGGUGGCAGAGGUCAGUGUCGGCUUCACCAAGGAGCAGGCCGACACCAUCCGACGCAUACGGAACAGCAAGGACUCCUGGGAUAUGCUGGGGGUCAAACCUGGAGCCACACGGGAGGAGGUUAACAAGGCUUACAGGAAGCUGGCUGUGCUGCUCCAUCCGGAUAAGUGCGUUGCCCCGGGCAGCGAGGAUGCUUUCAAGGCCGUGGUGAACGCUCGCACCUCCCUGCUCAAGAACAUCAAGUAGACGCCAGCUAGGGACUGCUCACCCUGACCCCUAACCCCUCGCCAUGUUUCCUCGUCUAAUACCACCUCACCUUCAGAACAUCAUCAGCUUCUCUACCCCCUCCCAAACCACAAAACCAACCCUUCCCCCUUCUCUGCUCUCCAUCCCUCCCACCCCAGCCCUCUCCUCUCAAACCAGAUGCCAUGACAUUUUCCUACAACAGAGUUUUAUAAAGUCACUACUGAUGAUGUGCCACAGCAACUCAGUCUCUCUGUACGGAAGACUAUCAUCAAUGCUUUACACAGUAGUCUUUCACACACUUGAGAGAGAAGUGACUGGAAUACUGGGUGUGUCAUCUGCUUGGUCAGUUGUGUUUUCUCUGGUCCAGAGCCUUCAAACGGCUUGUUGACCUCUCCUGUUUUAAGGAAGGCUCAGCAUCAGCAAGCCACAUGUAACGCCCUGGACAAGAGCUAUAUAUGUGUACACGUAACACCCUGGACAAGAGCUAUAUAUGUGUAAACAUGAAUGGUUGGUUGUCGUAAGGGUUGGUUGUCGUAAGGGUUGGUUGUCGUAAGGGUUGGUUGUCAGAAGGGGUGGUUGUCAGAAGGUGGGUAAUGUGUCUGGGUUGAUGCUUGUGAUCUAAUGAUCUUACUUGGGGUCUCUGACUCUCUGGGCAAGCUGAUCCCGUAGACAUAAACAAGUACAUACUUAUAUCCAUACUUAACCAGUGUCAUACAUCCCUACACUAACUUACUGUCCAUACUACACUCCAGCCCCUACUCAGCCCUCUGAACAUGCUUACUCCAGCCAGCCCCAUACAGUAGACGUGGUUGGGGGUUCAUUCCUUGUUAAUCAUUGGCUCAUUGGUGAAAUUAGCAUUCAGACAAUAUCUUUAAGUAAAUAAUUUAUUAAUGCAAUUUCAGACAGGAAGUUGACAAUGGGAACAUGGCACCAAUGUUUCCGAGUAAGUUCUGCAAAAUAGAAAAGGUCCCAAGUUGCUUUUCUCAUGCUUGCAGUCAACCCCAUGUGACGUAACUGCCUACGUCAUUACCUUCUACUCAUGAGACCAAAACCAUGCCGACACAGCUAUAUAAACAAGAGUUUUAGUGUUAUCUAAAAGCUUAGCAGUAAAUGUCCAAGUUGAUUUAUAGUGGAAUGUCUAACUCGUUUCUUAUCUCUUACACAACCCUGCAGAGUUCUGUCUCAGUCACACAUCUCUCAGACCGUUUCUUUAUAAGAGGCAGAGACUAGAAACGACUGGAACAAUAUUAAACCUCUAUAAUGGAUAUAUAUUGUUCAUCUGUAGUCUAGGACCCUAUAAAUGUAAGGAGGGAGUCUUAUAACCCCUCCCCUUCUAUUAAUACAACAUAAGCAUAAUCAAUUAUUAUAAUACAUCAAACAUUUGUUACAGCCCCCAUCAUGACCCCUAGGUGAACCCCUGACAACCUCAGUGUACUGAGGGGUAUGAAAACUAGCAGAGAUAGGGAAACUACAGCACACUAACCUCUAAGUCAUCCUGGCUCUAGAGGGUCAUACGUACCAGUCAAAAGGUGGGACACACUUACUCAUUCAAGUUUUUUUUUUUAAACAUAAAAAAAAAUAUAUAUACUAUUUUCUACAUCAUAGCAUCAUAUUGAAGACAUCAAAACUAUGAAAUAACAUGUGGAAUCAUGUAGCCAAAAAAAGUGUUAAACAAAUCAAAAUAGAUUUUAGAUUUUAGAUUCUUCAAAGUCGCCGACCUUUGCCUUGAUGACAGCCAUGCACACUCUUGGCAUUCUCUCAACCAACUUCACCUGGAAUGCUUUUCCAACAUCCUUGAAGGAGUUCCCACAUAUGCUGAGCACUUGUUGGCUGCUUUUCCUUCACUCUGCGGUCCAACUCAUCCUAAACCAUCUCAUUUGGGUUGAGGUCGGUGAUUGUGGAGGCCAGGUAAUCUGAUGCAGCACUCCAUCACUCUCCUUCUUGGUCAAAUAGCCCUUACACAGCCUGGAGGUGUGUUGCGUCAUUGUCCUGUCGAAAAACAAACGAUAGUUCCACUAAGCACAAACAAGAUGGGAUGGCGUAUCACUGCAGAAUACUGUGGUAGCCAUGCUGGUUAAGUGUGCCUUGAAUUCUAAAUAAAUCAGACAGUAAAGCACCAUCACGCCAUCUCCUCCAUGCUUCAAUGUGGGAACCACACAUGCAGAGAUCAUCCGUUCACCUACUCUGCGUCUCACAAAGACACACGGCGUUCGUCCGUUCAUAGUUUUGAUGUAUUCACUGUUAUUCUACAAUGUAGAAAAUAGUAAAACAUGAAGAAAAACCCUUGAAUGAGUAGGUGUGUCCAAACCUUUGACUGGUACUGUAUAUCCACCAUCACCCUCUACAGAUCCCCAGGUCUCACUACUGUCCACUACAGAACCCCAGGUCUCACUACUGUCCACUACAGAACCCCAGGUCUCACUACUGUCCACUACAGAACCCCAGGGCUCACUACUGUCCAUUACAGAACCUCAGUUCUCACUACCGUCCACUACAGAACCCCAGGUCUCACUACUGUCCACUACAGAACCCCAGGUCUCACUACCGUCCACUACAGAACCCCAGGUCUCACUACUGUCCACUACAGAACCCCAGGUCUCACUACUGUCCACUACAGAACCCCAGUUCUCACUACUGUCCACUACAGAACCCCAGGUCUCACUACUGUCCACUACAGAACCCCAGGUCUCACUACUGUCCACUACAGAACCCCAGGUCUCACUACUGUCCACUACAGAACCCCAGGUCUCACUACUGUCCACUACAGAACCCCAGGUCUCACUACUGUCCACUACAGAACCCCAGGUCUCAUUACUGUCCACUACAGAACCCCAGGUCUCACUACUGUCCACUACAGAACCCCAGUUCCCACUACAGUGUUAUUACUGUACGAUUGGACCAAUUGACUGACAUGUUUAUUAAGGUACAACUAAAACACCAGAAGAUAGAAUCUGAUUUAGUAGCGAACUCUGUCGAGAUGUGGCAUGUAUAUGAAAUCCAUACCAUUUAUAUACUACACCAAACCAAGCCCGUUGCCAAAUCCCAGUAGUUAUAGACAGUUUGUUAUACCAGUCUGGAUAAUCAGUCAUACUGGAUGAUAUCACAAUAUUCACAAUAUUCAUCCACUUAAAAGUUUACUAUAUAUUUUCAUAUUCAUAUAUUGUUUUAGAUUAUGAUUUUUUCAAAUGUUAUAUAUAAUGAAUAUCAUUACACCGCCUUCAAACGAGUACUGAAAUGUCUCGCCGGUGACCUCAUAGCUUACAGAGCACCUUACUGGUGGAUAGAGCUGUGACAUCAGCAGGACCAACUUUAACAGUGGUGUUUUACGUGAAGAACAAGAUGAUAGAAGAGGCUAUGGUCAUAGAAAUAGAGUCUAUAGAAGGGUCCUAGCUAGAGCCUCUAACCCUAUUAACUUGAAUGGUGGAAGCCUGUUCUAUAGAUUAUAUUUCUAUAGUUAUGAGAAACUGGGACAUGACAAAUGUACUAGUACGUGACAAAGCAUAUUCAAUGACUUACUCUGUUCUAUUAUUAUUGUGUAUAUAUAUAUUAUUAUUUUUUUAAAGUUAUACUUGAAAAUGGCAUGAUAUAAUUUACUCAUCAAGGUUUUUUUAACUUGUAAAAAAAUAAUAAGAUUGAGAACUUGUAAAAGUGAGCAGGUUAACUUAGUGAAUGUGCUAUGUGAUACAUCCUUUUGGUCAUUGUUUUUAUAGACACUCAAGAAUAAAUGAAAUAAUUAUAUUAAUUUAGUUUUCAUUAAAAGGCAAGAGGUGUUUGUUUACUGUUCCCAUUGUGCCAAGUGACUGACAUGUUAAGGUACAACUAAGGAAUACAUCUGAAAAUAUAGAAUCUGAUUUAGUCCAAGCAGUGAGAACUGUAUUUAAAGACAUGCUCCGGUACUUUGGCGACUAGUAAGUUUAAAAACAUUUUUUUUUUUUAAACCUCUCGCUUUGGGCUGGAUGUGUCAAUGUGCAGUUCCAUACAUGCAGAAUUACAGUUUCACCUCAAUUAGACACUAAAAAUCCCUCGUUUGAAAGCGACUGUUUUCUGGAAGCUGUGCCGUGCCAUUUUCCCUACAUUCCCCCCCCCCAUGUGCGCCAGCCCCCUAGCAAUUCAAGUUCUAGGCAAUGAACUGCAGAUUGACGCAUUUAAGUGACAUCUAGCAAGAGGCCUGUCCAACAUUAUCCAAUGAGGUUGCAGGGUGGGCCCAUUAGCAGAGAGAGAGAGGCAGAGAGAGAGAGGCAGAGAGAGAGAGGCAGAGAGACAGAGAGAGAGAAGCAGAGAGAGAGAAGCAGAGAGAGAGAAGCAGAGAGAGAGAAGCAGAGAGAGAGGCAGAGAGAGAGAGGCAGAGAGAGAGAGAAGCAGAGAGAGAGGGGGGCAGAGAGAGAGAGGCAGAGAGAGAGAGAAGCAGAGAGAGAGAGGCAGAGAGAGAGAGAGAGAGAAGCAGAGAGACAGAGAGAGAGAAGCAGAGAGAGAGGGGCAGAGAGAGAGAAGCAGAGAGAGAGGGGCAGAGAGAGAGAGGCAGAGAGAGAGAGAGAGGGAGCGAGAGUGAUGGUGUGGUGUACAUAUCUGCUCAUAUGUGAUGCUAUUUUCGGGGACCACAUUUUGCUUGUGAGCGCUACUUUCAGAACUAGUGGCUGAAAAGUAUGCAAAAGUAUCCGGAGAAUCUCUUUAACCACGGAGACAGAUGUUGCAUGUAUAUGAAAUACUAUUUAUAUUUUUAUAUAAACACCAGAAGAGUGAACAUGUGUAUACUAUAGACCUGUGGAACGGAACGUGUAUUGAUUUAUGAUUGAUCAUGUUCUCCUUUUCGGGAAGUAUUGAGACCAUUGACUUUUGUUAUGUUACAGCCUUAUUCUAAAAUUGAUAAAAUGUGUUUUUUUUUCCCCUCAUCAAUCUACACACAAUCCCCCAUAAUAACAAAGCUGCACAGAUAUUUUCAGGUCUCUCCAGAGAUGUUCGAUCGGGUUCAAGUCCAGUCUCUGGCUGGGCCACUCAAUGACCUUUUUCAGAGACUUGUCCCGAAGCCACUGCUGCGUUGUCUUGGCUGUGUGUUUUAGGGUCGUUGUCCUGUUGAAAGGUGAACCUUCGCCCCAGUCUGAGGUCCUGAUCGCUCUGGAGCAGGUUUUCAUCAAGGAUCUUUCUGUACUUUGCUCCGUUCAUCUUUGCCUCAAUCCUGACUAGUUUCCCAGUCCCUGCCACUGAGAAACAUCCCCACAGCCUAAUGCUGCCACCACCAUGCUUCACCGUAGGGAUGGUGCCAAGUUUCCUCCAGAAGUGACGCUUGGCAUUCAGGUCACAGAGUUUAAUCUUGGUUUCAUCAGACCAGAGAAUCUUGUUCUUCGUGGUCUGAAAGUCCCUUAGGUGCCUUUUAGCAAACUCCAAGCGGGCUGUUGUGCCUUUUACUGAGGAGUGGCUUCCGUCUGGUCACUCUACCAUAAAGGCCUGAUUGGUCGAGUGCUGCAGAGAUGGUUGACCUUCUGGAAGGUUCUCUCAUCUCCACAGAGGAACCAUAGAGCUCUGUCAGAGUGAGUAUCAGGUUCUUGGUCACCUCCCUGUCCAAGGCUCUUCUCCUCCCUUCUUCUUGCUCAGGCGACCAGCUCUAGGAAGAGUCUCGAUGGUUCCAAUCUUCUUCCAUUUAAGAAUGAUGGAGGCCACUGUGUUCUUGGGGACCUUCAAUGCUGCAGACAUGUUUUGGUACACUUCCCCAUCUGUGCCUCGACACUGUGUCUCGGAGCUCUAUGGGCAAUUCCUUCGACCUCAUAGCUUGGUUUUUGCUCUGACAUAUACACUGUCAACUGGGGGACCUUGUAUAGACAGGUGUGUGCCUUUCCAAAUCAUGUCCAAUCAAUUGAAUUUACCACAGGUGGAUUCCAAUCAAGUUGUAGAAAGUGUCUCAUGGAUGAUCAAUGGAAACAGGAUGCACCUGAGCUCAAUUUCGAGUCAUUGCGAAGGGUCUGAAUACUUAUGUAAAUACCGUAUUUCAUUAUUAUUAUUUUUUUUAUACAUUUGCAAACAUAAAAAAAAAAACUUGUUUUCGCUUUGUCAUUAUGGGGUAUUGUGAUGUCAUUAUGGGGUAUUGUGAUGUCAUUAUGGGGUAUUGUGAUGUCAUUAUGGGGUAUUGUGUGUAGAUUGAGGAUUAGUAUUAUGUGAAUCCAUUUUAGAAUAAGGCUGUUACGUCACAAAAUGUGUACAAAGUCAAGGGGUCUGAAUACUUUCCGAAUGUACUGGACAGUAUGUGAAUAUAUAUGGUGAUGUUUUCAAUUUUAUAAGAGGGUAUUUAUUAGACUCAAUAGUAGCAUGUUUUGAACCAAGACAGAGCACAGUGAGUGAGCAGUGACAACCGAGUGAGGGAUCAUUAUCUUUGAUACCUUGUGAUAGCUAAUGGUGUUAGCUUCGAUACAGUGUAUUAACUUGGUUAAGUGUGUGUGUGUGUGUGUGUGUGUGUGUGUGUGUGUGUGUGUGUGUGUGUGUGUGUGUGUGUGUGUGUGUGUGUGUGUGUGUGUGUGUGUGUGUGUGUGUGUGUGUGUGUGUGUUCGAAUAAUGGGGUUAUGAUGUGUUAGCUUUGAUGCUUUAGUAAGUGUGAAGCAGUGCCUGGAGGUUAAUGCCAACUGGUUGGUGUGUGUAGUGACAGUAUGUUUUACACUCCAGGCAUGGCUGUGUUUGGUCUUUGUGUGUGUGUGUGUGUGUGUGUGUGUGUGUGUGUGUGUGUGUGUGUGUGUGUGUGUGUGUGUGUGUGUGUGUGUGUGUGUGUGUGUGUGAGACACCAUGAUGCUGAUAAUGACUCCAGGGCUGAACCUUCCUCUCUGUUGUAUCUGCAGUCUAUCCACGAGGUUUGAUAAUGACUCCAGGGUUGAACCUUCCUCUCUGUUGUAUCUGCAGUCUAUCCACGAGGUUUGAUAAUGACUCCAGGGUUGAACCUUCCUCUCUGUUGUAUCUGCAGUCUAUCCACGAGGUUUGAUAAUGACUCCAGGGUUGAACCGUCCUCUCUGUUGUAUCUGCAGUCUAUCCACGAGGUUUGAUAAUGACUCCAGGGUUGAACCUUCCUCUCUGUUGUAUCUGCAGUCUAUCCACAAGGUUUGAUAAUGACUCCAGGGUUGAACCGUCCUCUCUGUUGUAUCUGCAGUCUAUCCACUAGGUUUGAUAAUGACUCCAGGGUUGAACCGUCCUCUCUGUUGUAUCUGCAGUCUAUCCACGAGGUUUGAUAAUGACUCCAGGGUUGAACCUUCCUCUCUGUUGUAUCUGCAGUCUAUCCACGAGGUUUGAUAAUGACUCCAGGGUUGAACCUUCCUCUCUGUUGUAUCUGCAGUCUAUCCACGAGGUUUGAUAAUGACUCCAGGGUUGAACCGUCCUCUCUGUUGUAUCUGCAGUCUAUCCACGAGGUUUGAUAAUGACUCCAGGGUUGAACCGUCCUCUCUGUUGUAUCUGCAGUCUAUCCACGAGGUUUGAUAAUGACUCCAGGGUUGAACCGUCCUCUCUGUUGUAUCUGCAGUCUAUCCACGAGGUUUGAUAAUGACUCCAGGGUUGAACCGUCCUCUCUGUUGUAUCUGCAGUCUAUCCACGAGGUUUGAUAAUGACUCCAGGGUUGAACCGUCCUCUCUGUUGUAUCUGCAGUCUAUCCACAAGGUUUGAUAAUGUGCUGCAUGUUGCUAUUGUGACUGUUUUUUUGUUUAAUAAACAACAAUAAGGAAAAAACC